CUGGGAGGAAGCGUGCGGAGGUAAGAAGUCGCCCCCGUGGGAGACCUGUGCUUUCGUGCCGGUGAAGACCCUGGAGCGGCUGUCAUGGCGCAGGUUUUGAACCUCAACAAUGAGGUUGUCAAGAUGAGAAAAGAAGUGAAGAAAAUCAGAGUUUUAACGAUUCGGAAACUAACUAGGCAUAUUGCUAAACUGAAGGGGAAAAAGGGUACUGAAGAUGCAGUAUUGAAAAACCACAGACGUGCACAGAGAUUACUAGAAGAAAUUCAUGCCAUGAAGGAAAUAAAACUUGAUCACGUUACCAAAUCAGCACUUGGGAGAGAAAUUGACUUUGGGGUUAUCUGUAAAAAGCCCAAUUCUACAGCAAGAGACAGAGCAAUUGCUAGAUUGAUAUCUCAUCCACUAUUGAAGACCAAAAUUGCUAAUAUUAAAGCUGCAGUGGAAGAUUUUAAAAAUGCGAGACAGAAACCAGCUAGAGCUAUUUCUUCAACAGAACAACAACUGGAAGAGCAGCUUAAUAAGCAUCUUGGAGAGACCCAGCAUUCUGUUAGUAGCAAAACACUUAAACAAGCUGAAUCUCGAGCUAAAACAAUGACAAUCGAAAAACCACAAAUUGAUAGGGGGAAAAAACACAAUUUUGAGAGUGGGAUACAGAAAAUGGCAGAUAAUAUGAAAAAAUGUCCCUCAUACACUUCUGCUGUGCCUGACACAGAAAAUGGUAAAUUAAUUCAUCAGGAUCAAACUGGAAACUCUGAAUAUUCACAAGAAAAAGUAUAUUUGAAUGACAUUGUAAACAAAGCAGUAGAUGGCUCUGAUGAAGGUCCAGGUAAAAAUGAGGGCAGUGGAAAGGAGGAAUGUUUUGAUGACAGUACAGAAGAGAGGUUCUAUAAUGAGUCUUCUGGCACCGAUGAAAGUAACAACAAUGAUGAUUUCUUCAUUGGCAAAGUAAAGAGAAUGAAAAAAAAGAGAACGGCUAAUACUUCACAGCCUACAGACCCAAAUUCCAAAGACAGCAAUCAGAGUUCAAAAGCAGGGAAACUAGAAUCUGAGUUUUAUUAUUCAUUGUCCAACACUCAAAAACCUGAACAUGUGAAAAGAAAUAUUAGAGGCCAUCUUCGUAUAAACAAGACAACUUUUGAAAAAAAUCACCCACAGAAACGGAUGCCUAAAAGUUCAGCAGUGAAAUAUACUAUUAAGAGGAGCCCUCCACAUCAACCUCUUCAUCCAUCAUGGGAAGCUAGCAGAAAAAUGCGAGAGCAAAUAUCUCAAAUUACAGCAUUCCAAGGGAAAAAAAUUAAAUUUGAAGAUUAGAAUUUUCUUUUUAAAGAUGGCAUCACUGAUUUUUAGCUGUUUUUGCAGUGUUGCAUAUUAACAAUCUUGCAGCAAAUGUGUGAAGCAGUAUAAGCUAAAAAAAUUACUUUGAGGAAAAAUAAUUUUUCAUUGCACAACAUUCCUGUUUUUUAGCAAACAUAUUUUUAGGUGAUCUUAUAGAGAUCUUGCAUAAAAAGAUCAGUGGGUUCAAUCUGGUCUGUCGAAUCAACCUGUAGAAAUCCUUCACAGAGAAUGCUUUGAAUCUUCUAAGACCCAUUGCUGAUGAUCUGCAAGAUGUUUAUUAACCAAGAGAGGAAGAAGAGAGCUCUAAAUAGCUAAAUUAAAACUAAGAAGACAGUGGGUUCUUAUUUAUUCCACCUUCAUUGUAACAAUAUGUUUGGUUUAUAUGCAUUUAAAUGCUAAUUCAGUUGCAAGAUUGAUUUUGGUUGCAAGGUUGAUUGUAUGGUUUGAUGGUUUUGUUUGUUUUCAUUUAGCCCCUACUCAACUGCUUCUUUCCUGUGGUCAUGGAUAUGAAACAGAAACAUGUAUGCAGUUUGAAGAAUAAUUGAUGAAUCUUAUGAAAGUAGACUUUACCUUUGAAAUAAUAAAUCUAUAAU